AUAAGAUGUGCAAAGAUGUGUGUGAGUAGAUGUCGAUAGUCAUACGCGCUCAUGACCAAUAAUUGCGCGCUCUUUCUGUAAGACCAACUUACCUGUGUUUACCGAUUGAAAAAUAUCAUUUGGACGAUUUCAUUGAUUUUUCCUUACCAAGAAAAGGACGGCACGGUUUCUGCUACUGCGAAGAGCGACGAGGUUAUGGUCUGUGACAGCUGAAAGUGAGCUGAAUGAGGCUGAUGGAACCAUUGGGUGUGGCCCCGGAAGUAGUCGAGUUGGGGGCACUGAAACGAUGGUCGGACUUCCCUGUUCAACACCCGUUCACUGACUAUUCGACUUCCCUCGGAGAACCGGCGCAUCAUGCCACUAGUCCAUUUCCUUGUCAGCCGCCACUGAACACCAAAAUUGCAAUAUGGACUGGAGAUAUUACCGUUUUACAAGUCGACGCUAUAGUCAACAGCACCAAUGAAACUAUGGAUGAUAGCAAUCCUAUGUGCCAAAGAAUAUUCGCUCGUGCUGGUUCGGCUCUUAAAAUGGAAAUUCACAACGAAGUUAAAGAGUGUCAAACCGGGGAAGUGAGAGUUACACAGGGUCACGAAUUGCCUGCCCGUUUCAUCAUCCACACCGUCGGGCCGAUUUAUAAUAUCAAGUACCAAACUGCUGCUCACAACACUUUGCAUUGCUGCUAUAGAAACGUUCUGCAAAAGGCCCGGGAACUUGGAUUGCGGAGCAUCGCCUUACCAGUGAUAAGUUCCGUCAGAAGGAAUCACCCUCCUGAUGCAAGUACACACAUAGCUCUGAGAACGGUGCGGAGAUUCCUGGAGCAGUACAGCUACUCGAUCAAUUGCAUCGUAUUCGUCCUUGAACCUUGCGAUCUGGGAGUAUACGAGGUCCUUUUGCCUCUGUACUUCCCAAGGACCGUAGCCGAGCAGGAGAACGCCUGUUGGCAGCUGCCAAGUGACAUCGGUGGCAUGGACGGAGAGCCUCUACUUCCUGACAGACAAAUACGAAUAAUUGACAAUCCACAGCAUGCUCUGCACGGGGACGAGGCGGUCGAGCUAUCGACGCAGCUGGAGACUUCCGUUAACCUCGGGGAACAUGCUUUCACACAAAUGCAAGGAGACUUGGAUCGGCAACGUCUCCUCGGAGAAAGACCGCUUACGGAUCCUCUUGCAGACAUUAUGCUCAAGCAAAUGCAACAAAAGGAACGGUACGAGAGGUUGCUGAGGAGAGCAAAGACGGAGGACCUGUCGGAGGUGUCGGGGAUCGGGUGCCUCUAUCAGAAAGGGGUGGAUCGUCAGGGCAGACCGGUGGUGAUCUUCGUUGGAAAAUGGUUCCCUGCUAAUGAAAUCAAUCUCGACAAGGCCUUAUUAUACCUGAUCCAGUUGCUGGAUCCGAUCGUCAAGGGUGACUAUGUGAUCGCCUAUUUUCACACCCUGACGACUAGCAACAACUACCCCAGCUUACACUGGCUCAGGGAGGUCUACAACGUGCUUCCUUAUAAAUAUAAGAAGAACCUGAAACAUUUCUACAUCGUUCAUCCCACAUUCUGGACCAAGAUGAUGACUUGGUGGUUCACGACAUUCAUGGCACCUGCGAUCAAGCAGAAGGUCCACAAUUUACCUGGGGUGGAGUACCUCUAUGAAGUCAUGUCACCUGAUCAAUUGGAAAUCCCGGCGUACAUCACGGAAUACGACAUGACGAUAAAUGGUCUGAGGUAUUACCAGCCAGAGCAGUAUCCGCAAAAUUCGACGUAACUGGAAGAGGACGAGGACAGGAGAGGAGGUCCGAAAAUCAUCUUCACAACUUCGCAGCUUCUCUCGACGUCGCCGUGUCGAAUAUUAUAUCCAUAAACGAUCGCGAAGUAUUCGAUUGCCAGUAAGCCAAAGCAUACACGGCCGUAAAUAAAGUAGAUGCCAACCAAAAAGUGGUUCCGAUGCAGCUACAUCGCUGGUUAAAGAUGAGUCCACGGUGCUUGAAUCGCCGAAAGGACCUCGGCAACUCGUCAGUAGAAAAGAAAGAAAAAGAAAAAGAAAAGUGUAUUUCGAGCUUGACAGAGCCGUUCCGAAGAAGGAUCUAUCGAUCCCAGGUCAAUGGAGAAAAAUCAGUAGACCCCAAUCAAUCGUCCCCAGACCUCGUCGCAUGGUGUUCAACGGCUUAAGAAAAAGAAAAUAAAUCAUAUUUAACGGCAGCGAGCGCGAUGCUUCUUCCUCAGAUACGUACUUGGAUAUUUUAUGAUUUGACGUUAAUUAAUUUGGACAUGUACAGUACAUUGGAGAGCGAGAGGAAAGGUAGUCUCGGCCGCAAGGUCGAGAUUAGUAACGUGCCGGUUGUUUCGAGCAGUUGUACAGUACUAGAUAAAUCAUCCAUAAUCAAUAUGUGAUACUUGCUAAGGUGUUUCUACGGAUUAUUGUAUAGAAUGAUUUUUUGCGAGGGUUGCAAUUCGACUAUUUUAUUCCGUCGACGCGUUUUUAGUAGAUUACGUAGGUUUGCGGAGAAGCAUUUCGCUGAUGCACGGAUUCUAUAUAGAUUCGUGCCCUUCUCCGAUGUAGUUAUAUAUAUACACACAUAUAUAAAUAUAGUUCAGUCUUUUGUGCGAGGGAAAAAAAAAUGAUCGUUUAAACCAAAAGUAUGUAUGUACUCCCCGCCAGUGCAAACGUUGCGCCCGUGUAAAGUAGUUACGUAAGUAAAUACCGCCAUUGACGACACGAAUUUAGAUUUGUAAAAUUAGCGCGUUACCCGCAAGACGGCUUGGACGGCCGAAGAAAAAUUAUUGUUCGAUCCCUUUGAGGGGAGCCGGCACGUAAUCUCGGGAAUCGUCCGAUAAUCGCUUGAUGAAAAACCAUUGGCUGCCAAAACACCAAUAAUCAGUAUUUCGACGCGUAGAGUCGAAUCGGUCAUCGCACUCGCCGCGACUGACCUUACGUUGUUAGUACCUAAUUAUUAUCGAAAUGGCGAAUCCUACUCCUCUGUACAUAGUAUACAUAUACAUACAUCCUCGAUAAUAUGUUCAGCGUGUAUCGCGUGGGCCGAGUUUUCUACUGGUAGAGAAUGGGACUGCUACGGGCAGAAACGAGAAAUAACGUUGAGAUUUAGUGUUUUCUGGUAUCUCAUAAAUAAUCGGCAGAACAACCAGUUUACUUGAAUUUAGAAUAAUUGAGGUAUCAACAUUAGGUGUAAGGGAACGUUCUGUCGUUUUUAACAAGUACACUUCUAUGCGUCUAAAAACGACAGAAUUUUCCCUUACACCUAAUAUUCCAUUGAAUAUCACGAAGUAUUAAUGUUCGAGACAUUUCAUUUAAAUGAGAAUUUUUUUGUUGUCACUGAGAAUAUUUUCCACGAUAUUAAUAAUCUUGGAGCGAAAAGAAACGGUACCAGAAACAAAAAAAAAACAGACUUUAGAAUCACAUUACUCGUGCAUAACGUUGAUCUCACUUUUUACCAUUGGCAUGCUCCCUCCACGUCUACGCGUACGUCGGCGGAUAAUAUAUAGAUAACACGCGUUAAGUUUUAAGCCCAAUAGCUUUUAGACUAUCGAUCGGAAGCGAGUACGGAGACCGAAGGAAAACGAGAGAAUCGGUGAACACGAGGGAAGAGAGCCGAGUAGAGUGUGGGGCCUCGGCGCCCGAAAGAUCCAAUCACUUACUCUUAUUUUCCUAUCGACUGUUAUUAGAUUGUCUACUCGAAUGUUGUAUAUCGAUAUUUUACUAUGUGACUUUCUUAAACGUUAUAUCGAGGACGCGUCGAAACGUAUUUUGCGGAUAACAGAUGAAAUUCUAACCGACUAGUUGGACAGAGCGACUGGUUUCUCACAGACGUCCCGCGUAGCCGAUCAGCUGAUCGACCGGUCAGUUAAUCCGCCGAUCAGCUGAUCGAUCGAUCACCGUCGCAUCAUCGUAGUCGCCCGUUGCCGCUCGUCGUUCUUCUUCCUCGUUAUUUCCUGAACGAGAAGAUAUUAUUAUAAUAUAUACUUGAAAGAAAAAAAAAAGUAACUAAACUAAUUACCGACACGAAUGACCGCGUUAAGUUUUACUCUCGUUUGAGGAAAGUGCGACGAAGGACCAAUUGCCGCGGACGUUCGCGAGCUACACCUAGGAUAGGUAAAGCAAUAAAUUUAAGAGCUUCGCUACGACGUAUUCCUAGACGAUAAUUGUUGUUAAAAGGAACGGUUUUAGCGCUUUAAAUCGUACACCAGUUGAAUCCAUUUGUCAUACCUGACAUUCGCCUUCGAGGAGGAGAUCGCACGUCCAGCUCCGACGAGCGAAUCGCUUUGGUGUACGAUCGAGUCACCCUUUUAAAAUCUGGACUUAAAGACGCGCUCUUCUUGGACGAUGCUCCGAUGAACAAAAGGGGUUAUUAGGAGUAAUUAUCUAAUUAUGGCAAAAUAAUCGGUAUCGAGCACUUCGUCGAAGAAGAAUGGGUUGUCAUUCAUUGCGUUCCCAAAGGAACGAAUUGUUCGAUCGUGUGAAGGACGUAAUUGGACAAGUUCGCCGAAGAACCUGUACAAUCUUCGUAUGUUCCAUUUCUUUUAUCAAAUGUUCCAAGGUACGCGUGCGUAUGACCCGUUCGUGACAUCGUUCAGUUUCCAUCGCCUCCAGACAAUCGGAGUCUUCUUCGAAAUUCCAUUAACUCGCGUCGAUUUAUUAUUAUAAUUUUAACCAGUUUUAUUUUUAUUUUUUUGGUAAAACCUGCAAUAAAAACGUCGUUUUUGUACAACCCCUUCCGUCAACUAAGUCGCGGUUCCGCUUUUCCCUUAAAUUCCUCGGAAAGAGGCGAGAACGGGACUUAGCGUAUGUAAACGACGAUUGAACGAUGUUAUUUAUUUAUUGUUCUCCUUUUUUACCGAAACAAUAUGUCGCUGGUCGACGCCAUUCCUGGAGACUAUUUUACGUGUUAACGAGGCCACUUCGGUGCGUCAGCUGAGAUCGCUCCAGACCGACGAAAUCUCCCCUGUCAGCCUUAUCAAUCUUAUCAUUAAAUCUCGGAUCAAUUCCAACCGCAGAAUUUCUCACCUUCACUUUGUUAACACGCAUCGAGGAACUGGAAACCCUCGACUGAAAGAGCAUUUGACGCAAAAAUGUUAAUCUCUUGUCUCGUCGACAAUAUGACGCUCGGUCGUAGGUUUCAGAUUCGCCCGAAAUGGGGGUAGCGAAUUGUUGUAGAUAAGUUUUUGUUCGGGCGACAUUAAACGCGAAUCUCGUGACAGGGCUAUGCCGAGAUAACAAAAGACCUGCGACGAAAUCGCGAGGUACGUGGGAUUAUUUUGUAUUCGCCUAAUAUUAACUCGCGCACGCCGCCACGAGAUCCGCGGGAUGGAAAUCGAGAUCGAGAGAUACAUUGUUCGUUGACAUUAUUAAUAUUAUCAUUAUUAUGAUUAUAGAUAUUAUAGCGCGGUGAGCGCGGUCAUUAAACGCCGAUUAUUCUA